GGAGCUUCGUAGGGAAGGAGCUCAACCAGAAGCUCAGAUCACGGGAAAUCCAUCUUACACAUCGCAUUCAUCUCCCACGCGACCGCCCUUCGCUUCAUCACCUUCCUUUCAUUAACCUUCAUUGCGGCGAAUCGAGGAUGUUGUCUAAAUUCGUACCGCGCGCCUUCGCGGCACCAGCACGAUUCAACGCCGCCGCAACCGCAACCCCCUUCAAAGCCGCCGUCAGCCCAGCGGUAGCGGUAGCAAGACGAUCAGUCACCACCGAUGCCGCGAGCAGUCAUGCCGAGAAGGCGGAUGUUCCUGCUGAAGACGACAAACCCUUCCAAGUGAAACUCUCCGACGAAUCCUUCGAAACCUAUGAGCUCGACCCGCCCCCCUACACCCUUAACACGACCAAACGCGAGCUCAAGCAAAUCUACUACGACAUGGUCGCCGUGCGCCGCAUGGAAAUGGCCGCGGACCGUCUGUACAAGGAGAAGAAGAUCCGCGGCUUCUGCCAUCUAUCCACCGGCCAAGAAGCCGUGGCGGUGGGCAUCGAGCACGCGAUCGAGAAGAGCGAUCAUGUCAUCACUGCGUACCGGUGUCACGGGUUCGCAAUGAUGAGGGGUGGCACUGUGAGGAGUAUUAUUGGUGAGUUGUUGGGACGCAGAGAAGGGAUUGCGUAUGGUAAGGGUGGUAGCAUGCAUAUGUUUGCUACCGGGUUCUAUGGCGGGAAUGGCAUUGUCGGCGCGCAGGUGCCGGUGGGUGCGGGCAUUGCGUUUGCGAAUAUGUACGAGGGGAAGGAGAAUGUGACGUUGGCGUUGUAUGGUGACGGAGCCAGCAAUCAGGGGCAGGUGUUUGAGGCGUUCAAUAUGGCCAAGUUGUGGAAUCUGCCGGUUAUCUUUGGGUGUGAGAACAACAAAUACGGCAUGGGUACCGCCGCCAACCGUGCCGCAGCCCUAACGGACUACUACAAGCGCGGGCAAUACAUCCCGGGUCUCAAGAUCAACGGCAUGGACGUCCUCGCCGUCAAGGCCGCCGUGCAAUACGGCAAGGAGUACUGCCGCUCCGGCAAAGGUCCGCUCGUCUACGAAUACGUCACGUACCGGUAUGGAGGCCACUCCAUGUCCGACCCGGGUACUACGUACCGCACACGAGAGGAGAUCCAGCGCAUGAGGAGCACGAAUGAUCCCAUUGCCGGGUUGAAGCAGAAGUUGUUGGAUUGGGAGGUUACGAGCGAGGAGGAGUUGAAGGGGAUCGAUAAGCAGGCGCGGCAGGAUGUGGAUGAGGAGGUGGCUGCCGCUGAAGCCAUGGCGCCGCCGGAGCCGACGCCGGAGGUGCUGUUCGAGGAUAUCUAUGUCCGGGGCAGUGAGCCGGCGUUCAUGAGGGGACGCGUUCCGGAGGAGAACUUUUACUACCCGGAGCGACCGGUUCAGGUGCCCAAAUCCCCAGCACAAUCGGCAUAAGCGGCAUAACAACACCACGGUCUUGUGUGUAGUUCGCAGCGCUGCACAUUCAUCACUGCGAUUUGGAAGGCUGGCAGACAGGCAGGCAGGCAGGGGAGAGCGAUGG